CGUGCGAAAAAUCCUCCAGACGCCCAUGGAAUCAGGUGCGAUUCCCAUCUCAUUUCGGCUCCGACCUGAAAGACCUCCUGCGGAACCUGCUGCAGGUCGAUCUGACGAAGAGGUACGGCAACCUCAAGAUGGGCGUUAACGACAUCAAGGGACACAAAUGGUUCGCGUCCACCGACUGGAUAGCCAUAUUCCAAAAGAAAAUCGAAGCGCCAUUUAUACCGAGGUGUAAGG